GAAAUGCCAUCGCAUUUUUUUGUUAUGUACGCAUCGCGUACCCCGAAGUACUAGUGAGUAUUUGUAAAAAGAUGUUGAACAAAUGUGAAAGGAAAUUAAAGAAGCCUUUCUUGCUGCCUCUAAAUUAUCGAGAAAAAGUGGAACUAAUAAUAAUGAAAUUAAUGGAGAAACAAAAAAGAAUUUGGAACAAUUAGGCUUAGCUUUGGGCUAUGAAUUUGGGCCGGCCUCAGUUGCCGAGAACAUCAUCACGCGCAGAACACGUGCCAAGAACUUGGGCGUAGCAGAGCGGCGAAGCGAGAGCGAAAGCAGCGAGAAUGGCGAUCGGAGGCGGAAGCAAUGACGUAAAUCAGACGGAGGACUGCACAGUUGCCAAGGAAGAGAAAAUGAAAGCUUGGAGAACAAUGGAGAAACCCUCGAGUAGCCAUUGCAUCUAUCUUCCCAUAGCUGAAGCCAAGAAAACCAUAAAUAAGUUGGUAAAUAUUUUCGUCAAAAUCUCAGAGGUCGGAUUCCCUAGGAAAUCCAAAGGAACAGAUUAUGUUCUUGUAUUGAAGGUUGUGGACCAGUCUUAUCCAGCACCUGGGCUCUCUGUGACAUUUUUCGGUGAGAACAUGAGAAAGCUGCCAGAUGUCAGAUCUGUUGGAGAUGUGAUUAGUCUUCAUUAUGUUGAGAUGAAGGUUCGCAAUGGAGAGGUCUGUUGUCUUUUUGGCAAGAAAGUCUCUUCAUUUGCACUAUUCCACGGAGAAAUUAAUGUGGAAGUUACUCCCUAUCAAACUUUUCCAAUGUACUAUGCUGCGGAGCAUGCUACCAAUUUAUUACUACAAUUAAGGAAAUUGCCCCUCAAGCAUCAACCAGAUGCAGGUUUCAUUAAAUGUCUAUCAUUGCUAAGGAACAUCGAGGUUGGUAAGACUUUCGAUAUAAUAUGCAAGAUUCUUUGUGCGCAUAGAAUUUCUAGAGAUGAGUGGAUGCUUUUUGUAUGGGAUGGUACUGAUUUACCUCCUGCAACUUUUCAAUCAAAUUUAGACAUGGAGGAGGAACAACCAAUUCCUUUGUUUCUUGAGCCACUGCCACUAUCAAAAGAGAUUCUACGAUCAUUUCCUCUCGAAGGAGCAGUCUUGAGGAUAUUUGAAGAUAAUUGUUUUGAACCUAUCAAUCAUUUUCGUGGAGGAGAUUAUUGGGUUAGAUUGUGCAAUGUUACAUGUGAAAUACAAUCAGGACUGUGGAGAGGUGUGGUGAAUUCUUCGAGCAAAGUCUUUAAGUUGUCUAAUGAGGAUGCU